AGCCGGCGCGGGAACAUGGCGCUGGGGGCGGCGUGACGGCGGCGGCCGCCGAGGAGAAGUUGCUCCCAACUUUCUGUGAAUAUCAUGUGCUUUUGGGUUUCACCCAGAAAACAGAUUUUUCCACCAUGUUUGGAAAAAAGAAGAAAAGGCUUGAAAUUUCUGGGCCCUCUAACUUCGAGCACCGGGUUCACACUGGCUUUGACCACCGGGAGCAGAAGUUCACGGGACUACCUCAGCAGUGGCACAGCUUGCUGGCGGACACGGCAAACAGGCCAAAGCCUAUGGUGGAUCCCUCAUGCAUCACUCCCAUCCAGCUCGCGCCUAUGAAGACAAUAGUUAGAGGUAAUAAGCCUCGAAAGGAUACUUCAAUCAACGGCCUGCUGGAAGAGUUUGACAAUAUCUCAGUGACACGAUCCAAUUCCCUGCGGAAGGAGAGUCCUCCCACCCACCACCAAGGAAAUGCAAACCACGUGCCAAGGCACCAGGAGGAAAAUGGUUAUAUCACGUAUUCCCAGUACUCCAGUGAGUCAGACACAACAACAGACUAUGUCGUGGAAAAAUAUCGAGACAAGACUCUGUACGGGGAAGAGUUAGACAGGUACUACAAAGGGAGCUAUGCCACCAAGCAGAAUGGGCACAUGAUGAAGGUGACUUCCCGGGACAUCUAUUAUUCAGAAGUGACGCCGCUGCAGUCAGACCUGGCCAGGUUCCUCCCAGAUUACCAUGCACACCUGGAGACGAAGCCCAAACCACUGGAAUACGGCGGCCUAAAGCUGGAGUACCAGCGGAUCCCCAGCGGAUCCUCCCUGGACUAUAGAGAUCCUUUUCCCUACGCCCCGUCCCGAGCGUCAGUGCAGAGCGAGUGCCCCAAGGAGAGGCUGGAGUACAGCGACGGGGACUGGGGACAUGGCCUGGGCAAGGAUGAGUAUGACAAGAGGCCGAAGUCAUCCUACGUGGACCCAGCAAGCCCUCAGCCAGCGAUGAGGCAGAGGUCCAGGUCGGGCUCUGGGCUGCAGGAGCCGGCCAUGCCCUAUGGAGCAAGCGCUUUUAAAGCACACCAGCAAGGACAUUCCUACAGCUCCUACACCUACCCCCGCUUGUCCGAAACCGCAGCAGGCAUCCCCAAGGUGGAUUAUGAUCGAGCGCAGCUGGUCGUUAGCCCACCGCUCUCCGGAUCGGACACCUACCCCAGGGGCCCGGUGAAGCUACCUCAAAGUCAGAGCAAAGUCAGCUAUUCAAGCAGCAGCUACCAGUAUCCCCUGGUCUACCACAAAGCGCCCCACUAUCACCAGCCGCCCCUCCAGCCCAGCUCUCCCUAUAUUUCCACCGCCUCCUACCCCAGCUCCCCGAGUAUCACGUCAAGUGCUUAUCCUCCACCCAGCUGGGGCUCCUCCUCCGACCAGCAGCCCUCCAGGGUGUCCCACGAACAGUUCAGAGCUGCCCUGCAGCUUGUGGUCAGCCCCGGCGACCCCCGGGAGUACUUGGACAACUUCAUCAAGAUCGGGGAAGGCUCCACAGGGAUCGUCUGCAUCGCCACCGAGAAGCACACAGGAAAGCAGGUCGCCGUGAAGAAGAUGGAUCUCAGGAAACAGCAGAGAAGGGAGCUGCUCUUCAACGAGGUUGUAAUCAUGAGAGAUUACCAUCAUGAAAACGUGGUUGACAUGUACAACAGUUACCUGGUUGGCGACGAGCUGUGGGUUGUGAUGGAGUUUCUGGAGGGGGGCGCUCUGACAGACAUCGUGACUCACACCAGGAUGAACGAGGAGCAGAUCGCGACCGUCUGCCUGUCCGUCCUGCGAGCCCUGUCCUACCUGCACAACCAAGGCGUCAUCCACCGCGACAUCAAAAGCGACUCCAUCCUCCUCACGAGCGACGGGAGGAUAAAAUUGUCCGACUUCGGGUUCUGCGCCCAGGUGUCGAAGGAGGUGCCCAGGAGGAAGUCGCUGGUUGGGACGCCGUACUGGAUGGCGCCGGAGGUGAUAUCCCGCCUGCCCUACGGCACUGAGGUGGAUAUCUGGUCCCUGGGCAUCAUGGUGAUAGAGAUGAUCGACGGCGAACCGCCCUACUUCAACGAGCCGCCGCUGCAGGCCAUGCGCCGCAUCCGCGACAACUUGCCGCCCCGGGUGAAGGACGUGCACAAGGUCUCCUCGGUCCUCCGGGGCUUCUUGGACUCGAUGCUGGUGCGGGAGCCCUCGCAGAGAGCCACAGCACAGGAACUGUUGAGACACCCGUUUCUCAAACUGGCUGGGCCCCCGUCUUGCAUCGUGCCCCUCAUGAGGCAGCACAGGCAUCGCUGAAGCCGGCGACUUUUCGGGAGGAGGUGGGUGCAGAGCCUGGAUGACAGCCGCCCAGGAAUCCCGGUGGUUGAGAACCGCGGGCAGGGACGAGCGAAACCUUGGAGAGGAAAACCAGCCCCACGGAAAUACCACGGUGUGGGAAAACCCAAGGAGGUGCUCCCCGGGGGGCGAUCCUGGCCACCCGUGCUCCGCCGUGGACCCUCGCUCCCCAGCGCUCUCGUCUUCUCGGCCAUCUGAGGCAGGAGGCACCAAGUGCAAACGAGGUUGGGAAGAUCAUUAGUACAGCGUAGCGCAACCAGAGUGAAACACCAGAAUUGUACUGCGGGCUGUGGCACUUCUGUUUCAGAAGAACACUUUUCUGAAAAAAAAAAAAAAAAAAAAAAAAAAAAAAAAGCACUUUUUAUCUCGGUCAUAGCAGCGCAAUGUAUUUUGCAAUGAAUUUGUAAUUUUCUGUACAGUACGUUUUGAUAAUUUGCAGUACUUUGUCAUGUAACUGUUGUGUUAGUUGAAGUAAUAAGUGUAACUUAGCAAGAAUUUGAGAAGAUAAAGUUUCCUACUUUUCUAACCCUUUUGAAAACAGGAAAAAAAAAAAAAAAACAAACAAACAAACAAAACAAAACCCCACCCCCCACCUUUAGGAAGU